CUUCCUCUCACCCUCCUGGGCCUGAAAAGGUGGUGUGGAGAGCAGGCCUGGGGGCCCAGGACACUUGGGCCAGGCAGGACACGCGAGGGCAGACUGUCAGAACUGCCUUCCCUCCAGUGCCCCAGUCUGGGGUGGGGGUGGCGCGAAGCCCGGCAGGCGGUCUGUAAAAAGAGGAACAAAGCAGGGUGAGGAGAGGAGGAGCAGGAGGGGGCCCUGGGUCACGAGGCCGCAGACUGCCGGAAAGGGCUCUCCUCCACCCCCAUCAGCGCGGACACUUGGGCAGGGGGUGUUCAAAGCCGGAGGUGAAACCCAAGCGCGAUACUGGAGGCUGCUGCUUCCCUGCCUCAGUUUCCCCCUCUGCGUGCAUCCGGGUACCUCACUCCCAGCGGCGCGCUGGGUCGGGGUCCUCAGAGACCCUGGGCCACUCCAGUGCCUGGGAGGACGUUAAGGUGAGGCCCUGAGGGGUGACGGCCCUGUCCGUCGCCGGCCGGGGGCGGGGCCGUGAGGCCCCGGCUCGGAGCUCCCCGCCCGCCGGUUUCCUCCGGGGUCAGCCCGGCUCCUUAUCAGGCGCGGCCAGUCGGCCAGGGCCUUAUCUGUGCCGGCCCGGCAUCCUCCGGCGCGGCCCGGGGGUGAGAGGGAGGAAACUGGGCCGCCGGGGGCGGGGAGAGGGCGGGCCGGCCAGGAGCAGCUCACUUUCCCUCGAGGGAUCCACGCCGCCGUCGCGGGGGCCCUAGCGAGCCCGGGAAGAGGCGCGGCCCGACGUCGCUGCCGGGAGGGGGCGGCAAGCUCCCAGCGGCCCAGAGCGCUGAGGCCGGACCGGAUCAGGGCCACGGAGCCUGGCCUGCAGCCGAACCCGCAUCCUGGCCCUGCAGGACAGAGCCGGGGCUCUCACCAGGCAGCAGGACCAGCGCCGGGGUAAGAGUGGAGUCCGCCUGAAGGUGAGCACCCCUUCGGGGUCCAUGUGCCCUCCCCAGGCCCAGACAGAGGUGGGCCCCACCAUGACUGAGAAGGCGGAAAUGGUGUGUGCCCCCAGCCCAGCGCCCGCUCCGCCCCCCAAGCCUGCCUCACCUGGGCCCCCAAAGGUGAAGGAGGUUGGCCACCGAGGCUCCUCGCCCCCCAGGCUGCCCCCUGGCGUGCCAGUGAUCAGCCUGGGCCACACCAGGCCUCCCGCGGCAACCAUGGCCACCACAGAGCUGAGCACCCUGCGGCCCCCGCUGCUGCAACUCUCUACCCUGGGAACUGUCCCGCCCCCCCUGGCCCUGCAUUACCACCCUCACCCCUUUCUCAACAGCCUCUACAUUGGGCCGGCAGGACCUUUUGGCAUCUUCCCCAGCAGCCGGCUGAAGCGGAGACCUAGCCACUGUGAGCUGGAGCUGGCCGAGGGGCACCAGCCCCAGAAGGUGGCCCGGCGUGUGUUCACCAACAGCCGGGAGCGCUGGCGGCAGCAGAACGUGAACGGCGCCUUCGCAGAGCUCAGGAAGCUGCUGCCAACGCACCCGCCCGACCGGAAGCUGAGCAAGAACGAGGUGCUCCGCCUGGCCAUGAAAUACAUCGGCUUCCUGGUGCGGCUGCUGCGCGACCAGGCGGCCGCUCUGGCCGCAGGCCCCGCCCCGCCCGGGCCCCGCAGACGGCCAGGGCCAGCGCACCGGGGCCCGAACGACAGCGCCCGCCGCGGGCCGUGUCGCAGGGCCGAAUCAGUGAUGCGCUCGCAGCCCGCGCCCCCGGCCGGCCCCGACGGCAGCCCCGAUGGGGCGGCCCGGCCCAUCAAGACGGAACGAGCGGCCGUGAGCCCUGAGUGUCGAGGUGUUUUUUUUUUUAAACUCUAAAAUGUGAACGUUUCCUUCAGCCCUCCCACCGAAACCGAGAACGAACGACGAAACAAAUAAAAACCCCAGAUCAUCCUCGUCAACGCAGGAAAACGACUUAAAAAAAAAAAAAAAACUUAAAACGAACAAAAAAAAAAAAAAAAAAAAAGGAAAAAACACUCAGCUUUCGUUAUCCCCGCGCAGGGCGGGGCGGGCCCAGUUCUUUUAGCGUCCCCAGAGCCGCGAGGACAUUACAACAAAAAUAGAAUUUUUCUUAACAAUCUCUUAACAUACAAAGAUAGGAAAACUCUCUGAUGCAUUGCACUUGGUUCAAUGAAAAAAAAAAAAGUUCAUUUCCCCCAUA